AUGGUAUCGCAACUUGUUGUCUAUUCUUUGCAUGUCACUCCACUAAUUGCUAUUUGGGUUGCUUUACUGUAUGACUGGUUACCAUACACCCGUAAUUUUACGAGGAAAUAUUAUGAAUUUAUCCUUUAUCUUCCAAUUUACGCCAUUUUUUUACUUGGGAUUUAUGCCAUGUGUAAUGUACUGUACGGUGUUGCAACAUUCAACGAUUGUCAUCAGGCCCGAGAGGAACUGAAAAAAGAAAUUGAAGAUGCAAAGGCGGAUUUGAAAAGGCGGAAUGUGAUUCCUUGA